GUGAGGUGGGGUCUCCGAGAGUAUAAGAGGUGUACACACAGCUAGAGCGCACAGAUGCAGCUGCCCGUUUCCGGGGGGGCACUUACUCUUCGUCCGUCUGGACAGAAAACUCUUACUCAGAGGCUCUAAUCUGCACAUUUUUUUGGAAACUCUCCUGCUCGCCUUUUCCACUUGUUUCCUCCAGUCUGACUAGUUUUUUCUCCUGUCUCAGUUCAAAUCUUUACCUUUCUUCUCACUGUUGCGCGGUUAAGUUUUCAUCACCGAGGACAGAGUGGGCAGCACUGCAGCAUGGAGCCUUACACGGUCCCUGGAGCUCAGCUCUCCCUGUCCGAUCUUUACUCCGUCAUCCCCUACAAUGUCACCCUCCCGGAUGAUGAAAGCGACUUAAUGGGCGACAGGCUGCAGAACUACACCGAGCAGCAGAAUCCGGUGAGGAGCGCCGGGGGUAUAAUCAUAGCCAUAUCCAUCACGGCGCUCUACUCCGUUAUUUGCGUGGUGGGACUUCUCGGCAACGUCCUUGUCAUGUACGGAGUGGUCAGAUACACCAAGAUGAACACUGCCACAAAUAUCUACAUCUUCAAUCUUGCUCUUGCCGAUGCCUUGGCCACCAGCACGCUGCCCUUCCAGAGCGCCAAAUACCUCAUGAACACCUGGCCAUUUGGGGAUGUCCUCUGCAAGCUCAUUAUUGCCAUCGACUACUACAACAUGUUCACAAGUAUCUUCACCCUCACAAUGAUGAGUGUAGAUCGCUACAUCGCCGUGUGCCACCCAGUCAGGGCGCUGGAGUUUCGGACGCCUGUCAAGGCCAAGUUGAUCAACAUACUCAUCUGGGUGCUGUCCUCGGCAAUUGGUGUGCCUGUCAUGAUCAUGGCUGUGACCAAAGUGGCAGACAAUGGUAAAACCACUUGCAUGCUAAAGUUUCCUGAGCCUGACUGGUAUUGGGACACUGUGACAAAGAUCUGCGUCUUUAUCUUUGCUUUUGUGGUCCCUGUGAUGGUCAUCACCAUAUGCUAUGGUCUGAUGAUCCUGCGUCUGAGGAGUGUUCGUCUGCUCUCAGGCUCCAAGGAGAAAGACCGCAACAUGCGCCGCAUUACCCGCAUGGUCCUGGUGGUGGUGGCGGCCUUUAUCAUCUGCUGGACCCCCAUUCACAUAUUCAUCAUUGUGAAGACCAUGAUAGAAAUUGACAGCAGGAAUCCCUUUGUGAUAGCUAGCUGGCAUCUGUGCAUUGCUUUGGGGUAUACCAACAGCAGCCUCAAUCCUGUCCUCUAUGCAUUUUUGGAUGAAAAUUUCAAGCGAUGCUUCAGGGAUUUCUGCCUCCCCUGUCGGACCCGUGUGGAGCAAAACAGUCUGACCAGAGGCCACAACACCACCAGGGAGCCAGUGUCCAUCUGUGCUCCAACAGAAGCAGGAAAGAAGCCGGCAUGACUAGGCAUGGACCGGGUCCCCCAUUGCUCUCGUUCAAGGAGGAUCCAGCAAGAUCUCCAAUCAGAAGUCACCCAGAUCUCCACAACAGAGUUUUAAGAGAUAUUUUCAAAGGAAGAGUUGACACAGUCAAAUCGUGCUUUAUUCUCUCUAAUUUGGCUGUCAAACGAGACAUUCAAAUGAGUAAUUAAAGGUAAUGGAAAACAAGUUUCACUCUGAUCUUAUGUUUCUAAGUUCUUACUGUCCCCCCUCAAAGUGAUGCCUUACGGAGGCACUGAGAGUAGAAUGAUAUUGAUGGCCUAAAAUGUUAUAUCAAGAUAAUGAAACAGUUCAUAAUUUAGAGAAUGAAAGCUGAACUUUCUGAUGACACAAAAAGGGCAAAGAAAUCCCUGAAGGAGUCUGUCUCAGAAAGUGUCAUUCAUAUGGCAUUUAUCUUGGUACUAUAAUAGAGCAGAGAAUGACUGAUGUACAAAAAGCCAAAAGUUUAAAACAAUGGCCUUUUCAAAUCUGACUGUGCUAUUUCAUCAGAGACAUCUGAUAUGGAUUAAAAGACUGAAAAGUAAGAAUUUUGGAGAUUAACUCUUUCCAUUUGUAUAUUUAACAUCAUCUCAUAAUAAGUGAGCCUUACAGAGGAGAAUCACACAACUCUUGCCCACCGACAGCUGGAUGAUGAAUUACAGUGUAGUUUGUUGCACAACGCCAGCAACUCUCUACAUGGAGAAGCAGGGAAUUCUUGUUUGGUAUUCCGUGUGAUUCAACCACCCUUUGGGGUUUUUUUUUUGUAUUUUUCUUUGUUUUAAAAAGAGACACGUGGCCUGUGCUGAAAGACAAUUUUGGACUCAGUGGAUUUGAAAAAGGUCUGUCAUAACAGACGUGGAAUCAGGAUGGAGCCCACUCUAUGGGGUUUGUGCUUAGAAAAAGACAGAAUAGCAUCAAACCACUUGUGUUUGGAUUUCCAUGGGCUUCUUUUCUGCUUACCUACUUGACUUUCUGUAGUGGUGUCAAGCGCACAGAAAGCCUCUGAGCAGAAUCACUAAAGGAUGAUAAACCUGCCAUGGAAGAACACUGUCGGCAGCCACAACACUUCACUCAUUGUAUUGGUCUAUUGUUCAGACUGAGACUGGCUUUAUCUCAUUUUCUAGACUUCCAUCCUGAUGUCAAACUAACUGCUCCAAGGGUUAUUAAGAUUAUUGAUCAUUUUUAAAUGAGAAAACUGUUACACUGAAUAUCUGUAGCACAUUUAAGACAAGUAAGAUGGCAUUACCGAGAGCGAAAUCAUUCUUGGUGAUUUAUGUGCUAUGACGGGACUCGACAUGAAUCAAACUCUGUCAAUGUGAAGGUAAUGAUCAUUUCAGCUUUGCAUACACAAAGAGUUGUGUUAGAGAUAAUAAUCCAGAGUUUAUAUGAAUUUGCUCUCAUGUGGAAAUAUUUCCGAGACAGUCACGGUCACAUUGGUGAGUGCUGAAAUGCAUAGUUGACAAAAUGAGGUUAAUGUAGCAGUAAAAACACAUCGGAGCAGACUGUGAAUGAAAAGAUGGUAGAAAAUGAAUUAAAAAUGUAAAUUUGUACAUAAUGUUUAGCUUUUACAUUACAACACAUUUGGCUUCAGACACAGAUAAAAUGACCACGAGGUACGUCUGUGGUUCUGUAUUUUUCCUUUACGCUUUGCUUAUAUUGACAUUUGAUAUUUCUUGAUAUUUCAUCACCUUGCUUUUGAUCUAUGUGGCUCAAAAAUAUUUAAGGAAAAAAAAGUAAAGAAGAAAGAGAAGCAAAAUAAGUGUUUACAGUUUGUUUGGAUAUGAGUUUGUGUUCCAGUUACAGAUUCAGCAAUUUCCCUUUGGGCUGGCUGUGGACUUCCCCACAGAGAUAUGGUCAGAACAAGCAAAAAAAAAUAUCUGUUUGCAGCAGGAUAUUGAUACUUUUUGUAGUGUAUGUUUUCUUACAGUGAUAAUGUGUGAUAUAAAGUGUAAUGUGGUGUAUAUACCUGCUCUGCUUCGCUCUAAGUGCCAAAUCUGCCAGGUGUGCAGAAUAUGUCUGAGCUGCUGUUAUCUUUGCAAUACCAAACUAUAUCCAGAUGGAAUGUACAGACGUAGCUAUCCCAAAGGAUGACAAGAGUGUGUAAAUUUCUGUUUUGACUAAAUCAGCAAUUACUACAAAAAAAGCAUGAAUCAUGUGAAUUCAGGGUAUGAAUAAGUAAAAUGUAUGUGCAUGAUUUACACUGUACAACCAGGAUUAGCCCUGCUUAUGAGGCUUUCUCAUUCUUUUACAGUCAGAUACUUUCCAUAGUAUCUGACUGUAAAAGCUUAAAAUACCGGCUAUCACAAAAGUGGUUAUCAACUUUCUUCGAUAAGCCAACCUUCAGAUUCUGUGCACACUCUCAUAAAAAGGGGUGUGUCAAGGGCAAACCAGUAGAAUUGUGGAAUGACAGAGACUGGGUGCAUAUAGUACACAUAAGCAUACGAAGUCGCAAAAAAUGACAUGGUAUUCGCAGAGACCUGUGGCUAGACUGAGCAAAUUUGGGGUCAUUCGCUCAACCAGCAGUCACUGCAGCGCUUUCUAUGUGAAAGGGCCAUCACAGAACAUGUGACUGUUUUUCUGCACAAAGUCCAACUUACUCCAAUAAGAGACAUUAUUAAAUAAUGAUGAUAAAAUGGUGAUAAAACUCCUUAAUUAGUAUACAAAAUAUAACAGCACAAUGCAACCCAAGUCCAAAUAUAAC